AUGAGACCCGUAGUGGGUCGACCCAUGGUCGCUCGGCCGGUCAUGAGUAACGUUCAGCGGCCCGUGUACGUGGGCCAGUCUGCGGCGCCCGUUCGAGUUCAGGCUCCGCUCCCUCUGCCGUUUCCGCAAUUGAACUCGAACGCUGGACGUCUGCCCGACAUUGAGCUACGCACACAAGAGCGUCGGAACUACAAGCAGGAGUUCCAGGAAAUGAAGAAGCCCCUCCUAAAAAUCCUCAACAGUGGUGCGAAGAUCGCUCUGCAGAAGGUCCUUCAAAAGGCUUCGGAGCCCAAGGACCCCACUGCGCAGAAAACUAAAGGCUCACAAGUGGGUCUGGAGGAGGUCAUCAACGGCGCAGAAGUCAUCUUGCGACACUACCUCGAGCUGAAGAACCUCAAGAACAAAACAGGAUCAACGCCUCAGACUCGUGCGGACAAUUUCAGACGUGCCAGCGCGACGGAAUCGAAUCUGUUCUCGAAGACCACCAAACAAGCGAAAUCCGAAAUUCAUACGUCAUCCACGACGGGAAGACCCUCGGCUCCGAUGUCGGCGACGACGACGACGACAAGAAGAUCGCAAUCUGCGAAAAGCCCCAGGACCACAAUCAAGAGCAAUAUGAGCGAAGGCAGCACAGACCAACCGACAGAAGAUAAUACGCACGUCCGAUCUACCGCAGUGCCAAACCUACUCAGCCCGUGGCAGUCAUCGAAUCUCUUGAACCUGAUAAAGAACAGUCCCCUGUACAACUCAAUCCAGAGCUCCGUUUCCAAAUCCUCUUCUCAAGUGAAUUGGAAAGCGGCGAACGUCUCUUUGGUGAAUGCGAAAAUCGUGAACGAUACCAAAGGACGUCGUAUGGGAUACAUUCCCUCCGCUUGGUACUCCGAGGACUCGGACGAGAUCUCGAGGCAAUCCACCACGAAAUUCUCGUUGACCUCUCUCGACGGCUCUUCGUCGUCAGCGGCCGGAACGACACCUGCGUCGCGUCAGACUUCCCGAUCCGACACGGCCCUCGGUGGAGGAGAAGCUUCGACCGAAGGCGUGAUUUCUUCGAGUGAGGAGACGCCGAUUUCAGCUGAAGGCACGGUGAUGUCGACGAAGUCCCGACCGGUCGAUUCUAGUUCUGAAGAAGUUUCCCGAGUAGUGGUUCUAGGCCAGGGAUCCGCGAAACCACUGCUCUAUUCCUCAUCGGAUGAAGUCCGAUCCGCGGAGGUGCCUCUGUGGGUGUUGACGACGAGGAAACCGACCCACUCGUUCGGCUUCGGUCAUUCAGUCGUUAUCAACAAUCACAGGGCGCCUUCACAGAACGGCGUCAAGCGUCGACGGACAACGACAACCACGAGGAAACCGACGACCCUGUCCAUCGACAAUAGCCCCUCUGAAUCACUGCUCUUCUCCUCGACGACGCCGGCGACCUCGAAUUCCAGAUUUCCACUCGAGGUCUUCGAUUCGGACGACUUCAACACGACGAUCGUUCAUCAGAACAUCAUCACGAUUGCGAAACCGACUCGUCCUUUCGUGAUCCACCCCACGGAAAAAUACGUGACCCAGUCAAGUCCUGCGGAAGGUAACUCUCACGGAUCAUCGGCGGCGUCGCCCGAAGACCCCAUCGCCGAAUGGGACGAAUCCGAUGAGGAUUCUUUCAGCAACCGCAUCCCUCAGGAGAGCAAUCUGGCUCCAUCCCGAGUGAAAGCUCCGAGCACCACGACCCCGAUGCCUCACCCCAACCCGUCGGCGUUGACACACAGUCACCAUCAUAAAAAGAAACAACCCUCGAAGAAGGUGUCUCAAGCCGAGAGCUCGGCCGUAGCUGAAGCCACGACGUCGAAACCAUGGGUUGCGAACUCUGAAGCUCAAUAUGCCAACAAACCGAUCACGCAAGUGCCUGCGAUUCUGAAUCCUAUUGGCUCGGUGAUCCAGUUAUUCCCGAAUUCAGUUUUCCGUAUUUUACAAACCAUAGGCGGCCUUGUGUUCGCCUUGCCGACUUUAUUAACCUUCGGCUUCAUGGCCGCGAUGUUGAUGGUAUAA